CACUCAGGGAAGCUUCAUUAGUCGUCAGAGGGAGGCAAGGCUGUGACUCAUGCCUGCGUGAAGAGACCAAUGGGCAGCCGGAGCCUCAGAUAUAAAUAACGAAUAAAAAAAUAAUCUUAAGAGAGAAAGGGUCACUUGCGCGCCGCUGGAUGGGAUUUUAUUAGUGCGCUCUGUUGGUAUUCCGCCAUAGCCUCCACUGGACUGUUGCUUGUCGAGCCUUUGGGUGGUAAUUGUAACAUCUAGUAAUAGUUUCUCUGGACUCGACAACCUGUGCGCCUGUGAACCGCUGAAUUAUUUCCCAGCUGGAGAUCAGAUUUCAGAGGACUGAUGGCCACGUCUGAACCGAGAGCCACCGGCGGGGACCCGGACCCCAACUCGGACAAUUUAAGACCUCCGUCCACAACCUACGAAUACGCGUGGAUGCACGGAUGCACACGGAAACUGGGGAUGAAGAUUUGUGGGUUCCUGCAGAAGAACAACAGCCUGGACGAGAAAGGGAGGCUCGCGGGCCAGAAGAACCUGCUCUCGUGCGACAACAGUGACAGGGACGCGCGCUUCCGCCUCACCGAGACCGACUUCUCCAACCUGUUCGCCAGAGACUUGCUGCCAGCCAAAAAUGGAGAGGAGCCUACCAUACAGUUUUUGUUGGAGAUGGUCGACAUCCUCACCAACUACGUCAAGAAGACUUUCGACCGCUCCACCAAGGUGCUGGACUUCCACCACCCCCACCAGCUCCUGGAGGGCAUGGAGGGCUUCAACCUGGAGCUGUCCGACCAGCCCGAGUCCCUGGAGCAGAUCCUGGUAGACUGCAGGGACACGCUCAAAUAUGGCGUCCGGACAGGUCACCCACGAUUCUUCAACCAGUUGUCUUCUGGUCUGGACAUCAUCGGUCUAGCCGGAGAGUGGCUCACCUCCACAGCUAACACCAACAUGUUCACCUAUGAGAUUGCUCCAGUGUUUGUGUUGAUGGAGCAACUGACUCUGAAGAAAAUGAGAGAGAUGAUUGGUUGGCCUGAUGGGGAGGGAGAUGGAAUCUUUUCACCAGGGGGCGCUAUCUCCAACAUGUACAGUGUGAUGAUUGCACGUUACAAAUAUUUCCCCGAGGUCAAAACCAAGGGCAUGUCUGCUGCUCCUCGCCUGGUCCUCUUCACAUCUGAACACAGCCACUACUCCAUAAAGAAGGCUGGAGCUGCUCUUGGCUUUGGUACGGAGAAUGUGAUCCUGCUGAGCACAGAUGAGAGAGGGAGAGUCAUUCCUGCGGAUCUGGAGGCCAAGAUCAUUGAUGCUAAACAGAAGGGUUAUGUGCCAUUGUUUGUGAAUGCCACAGCUGGUUCGACAGUGUACGGUGCAUUUGACCCCAUCAAUGAGAUCGCUGACAUCUGUGAGAAGUACAACUUGUGGCUCCAUGUUGAUGGAGCUUGGGGUGGUGGACUACUGAUGUCCAGGAAGCAUCGCCAUAAGCUUAAUGGAGUGGAGAGGGCCAACUCUGUUACCUGGAACCCUCACAAGAUGAUGGGUGUGCCUCUACAGUGCUCUGCAAUCCUGGUCAGAGAGAAGGGAAUCCUGGCAGGCUGUAACUCCAUGUGUGCAGGCUACCUGUUCCAACCAGACAAACAGUACGACGUUACCUACGACACAGGCGACAAAGCAAUCCAGUGUGGCCGACACGUUGACAUCUUUAAGUUCUGGCUCAUGUGGAAGGCCAAGGGCACCAUAGGGUUUGAGCAGCACAUUGACAAGUGUUUGGACCUGUCUCAGUACCUGUACAACAAGAUCAAGAACAGGGAGGGAUAUGAGAUGGUGUUUGAUGGAGUGCCUCAGCACACCAAUGUUUGCUUCUGGUACAUCCCACCCAGCCUGAGAGGCAUGCCUGCUGGUGAAGAGCGGCGAGAAAAACUCCAUAGGGUGGCGCCAAAGAUCAAGGCCAUGAUGAUGGAGUCAGGGACCACCAUGGUGGGCUACCAGCCUCAGGGCAAUAAAGUCAACUUCUUCCGUAUGGUCGUCUCCAAUCCUGCGGCCACCCAGUCGGACAUCGACUUCCUCAUUGAUGAGAUUGAGAGGAUGGCUCGCGACCUGUAGACCUCUCAGCCAUCAAGCAACCUACAGUCUUUAUCUGUUGUAUUUCCAGGCCAAUUGCCAUUGAGGUGAAACAUUCACAGUGCUGCAGACAGAAUAAUGAUAGACAUGUUUUAGGUUCUUUGUAUCCAGUCUGUGUUUGCCUGAAGCAUUCUGACUGUUUCUCCAACCGAACAGAAACCUGAGUUUCUUACUUGCUCAUCCCACAUAGUUCCUCCUCUAGAUAAAAUAUAUAAGUACUAAGUAUCUGAAGGCUCCAGGUACAACAAACAUGCUCUAAUGUGUGUGUGUGUGUGCUGUGGAAUCUUGUAAUGUGUGUGUGUGUGUGUGUGUAAUCUAGUUUCUUGUCCAAUGUAGUUUGUCUAUUAAUGUCUAAGUAUGUGUGCCUGAGUGUGUGUGUGUGUAUGUUUGUAUGUGGUGAAACACUGAAAGGGAGAAAAGCACAGAUCAAAAUAUAACAAACUAUCAUGAAAUUAUUCUGCUGUAUCAUACAUUUGCUACACAAAAUUGAAUCAUUGGUGCUUUCAGCUGUACAUUAUAUUUACUCUCAGUGCACCGACCUAUUUGUCCUAAACCAGUGUCCAGACCCCUGAAGCAGUGUGUGUGUGCGUGUGUGCAGGUGUGCAUGUGGCACAGAGUGUAUCCUGUCCUAUAUUUUAGGCUAGCAGUAUGAUAAAAAAUAAGCUUAUUAUAACCUAAUGUGCACACCAUAGGUACAGAGUGUGUAUAGCUGAGAGGUUUCUGAUAACCUCUAGCAGCUGGUGUACAGUGUGCAAUAUUUGCCCUCCUAGAAGUUUAAGAUCAAUAUUGAAAUGUCUACAGCUAUCCCAGGUCUGUGACAACCUUUAACCUGUAAAACGCUGGCUCGUUGUCUGUUUCAUGCAAUCAUGUGAUUACCCUUAUGUGUUUAUAACAUAUUUUAACAUGUUAAAAUAUUAAUAUUUGAUUAUAUAAGAACAAAUAUUUAUUGCAUUUCCACUGUUUGCAGAUUCAGGUAUUUUAUUGUAAAUGUAUCUUUAUGUGUAUUACAUAGUAAUACAUUUGUAAAUGUAAUCACAGGAAUUUGAGUAAAGAUUAUUUAUAGUGAUUUUGUCAGCCAAAGAAAGAGAAUCGGGAACAGAGCAAUCCAUUGUCCUUCAUACAGAACCUAUAGAUUAUAGAUGUUUGUAAAAUGUUACCUAUUGACCCUUGACUGCGAUGCAAUUUCUAUAGUGUGUUUCUUUCUGUGAUUGUGAGUCUUUUUGACUGAAUGUUUUGAGACGACUGACUGGCCUUCUGAUGAGAUUAAGAAUGAAAUCUAUAUGAUCCUCUGGUAGUCCUGCCGGUCUUUUAUUUUAGAGAAGCACAAGGAUGUGAGAAUGUACUCUCCUCUAGAGACUGGUAAGAAAGGAUUGUUGUAUCUGUCUGAAUCCUAAUGCAUUUACUGUAAUAUAAUAUAUUAAUUGUAAUACAUAUUACCUGUAUUCUCAGUGUUAUGGGAGCUCAAUGGAAUAUCUUAUAUAAAGAGUUCCUGUUUGUGUCUUUACACAAUGUUCACCAUUCUUUCUUCCAUUGUAAAUGGACGUGUACUAUGUAUUAUAAGACUUAAGUUAACAAAGUAUUUAUAGUAUCUAGGGACCAUAUGUGAAUGGCACAAUUGCAUAAAUCAUAUUUAAGGUAAUCUGUGUACUGUAUGUGGCCAAUGACUCCUGUAUUCGACCAAUCUGUUUUUUUGAUUAAGCCAGCUGUAAGGGGACGUUUCCCAGGAGGUUUUCAGUAGGCACUUUAACAGAAUCAUACCAUCUCAAAAAAGAUCUUUAAUAAAGUCUAUUAAAGGAAAAA